UUGUGUCACUGCACUCCAGCCUGGGCAACAGAGCGAGACCCUGUCUCAAAAAAAGAAAAGUGAUUUCUGUGUGAAGAAAAUUUCCUGCCUUAGUCCAAGAACCCUGUGUGAGAAAAUUGUUGCUAGACAUAGUAAACCAUUAAAGAAAGUGGUUUGAAUAGGAAUAUGUUAGGACAGCUUGUGCUAUUUUAGACAGGUUUACUAGCCUCAGGUAAGCUGAAUGAAUGAGAGGGCAAGAGAUAUAUAAUUGCCAUAUUCAUGUCCUUCUCCCCAUUUUACAGAGAGGAGUGGAUUUGGGGAAUACUCUCUUAUCUCCUUCAGUUGUAGUAUUUAAUUUGUCAGAUCAGGCAAUUAGCCAGUCUGCUGUCAAGAUGUCUUGUAUUUAUAGCAACUGUCAGUUGGAUUUGAGUAGGAAGACUAAUUUCAGGGUUUUUUAUGUCAUCUGUUAAUAUGUUUGAGCAAUUAAUGCAUGUAUAGUAGCAUUGGGAAUUAUGGAAAACAUACCCUUCCAGCCCUCUGUGAGGAAUAUACACAUUAAGGGGGCCUGAACUUGAGGAGUGAAAUUGGAAUAGGUUGCUGGAGCCUGAGAAUGUUGGAAUUAAAUAAACUGACAGAAUACAUGACCUUUGGGAAGAAUAAGAAGAGUGGAAUUCAUUUGCUAAACAUUUAUUGAUUACCUAGUAUGUACAAGGUACUGCAAUAAGUUAACAUCAAGCAAACUACCUUAGAGGAUGGUAAUGUAGGGUUAAAAAGUACACAGUAUACAGACACAAGAAAGCAGGACUGUUCAUUCAGGUAGCAAGUGUUUAUUAGGACAGCGCUGUACUAGGUGCUGGAUAUGAGAAAGGAAGGAAAUAGUACAAACCAGGUUGCAGGUAGAAAAUACAGAUAGAAUGUAAACUUUCUCAAUCUAGAAUAGCUAUUUGAUUAAUACAAGUGUUUUCAGAGAGCAACUGCAUACAAUAUUUUUAUUUUUAACCAUUUAUUUUUUGGAAUGAGCAAUACCUUUAUAUGGCUGAAAUAAGAAAGUAUUAUAAGGUAUACUGCAAAUGUCUUCCUCCUAUUUUUGCCACUACCACCCCUCCACCCCCCGCCCUGCCAUCCAGGUACCUCUCUUGUGUCAGGGAUAAAUGCUGAAAACAGAAACCAGUCUGAAUAUUUUAACCAUAAAAGGAUUUAACAUAGGAAAUUGGGUACUUAAUAAAGUUGUUGGAAGGGCUGGAAGAGUGGGACUCAAGGAGGCUGCCCUUAGAAUAUCAUUUUGAAAGGCCCAUAAUUACAGCUGUGAUCUAGAGGUCAGGAAGUCACUGCUGGCACUGCCAUAUGCACUACUGCUGCUUGAUACACAUGAAACUAAUGAUUAGACAUUAGGCUCUGGCUACUGCAAACCAGCAGCAGCAGUGGCAUCUGGGAGCAUGUGAAACCUCUUAGGCCCUAGCUUGGCAUACUGAAUUAGAAUCUUCAUUUCAACAGGAUACUCCGAUGAUUUACGUCUAUGUGGAACCUUGAUAGGCCUUGUACUGGAUCUGGCCACUAACCCAAGGGUCUUCAUGACCUUGGCUACCAAUUGUAAGGAAGUCAGGGAAAUGUAGUUGUUGAUUUUCCCAACUCUCAAUCUAGAAAGAAGGUUGAAUGGAGGUUGAAAGAGACCAUCUACUGAACUAACCCCACUUUUCCACAGGUAUCCAGCUCACAUAGAAGACAUUGACUACGAGGAAGGAAAAGUACUCAUCCAUUUCAAGCGUUGGAACCAUCGUUAUGACGAGUGGUUCUGCUGGGACAGUCCUUAUUUACGCCCUUUAGAGAAAAUACAGCUGAGGAAAGAGGGCUUACAUGAAGAGGAUGGAUCUUCUGAAUUUCAAAUAAAUGAGCAGGUCCUUGCUUGCUGGUCUGAUUGUCGUUUUUACCCGGCCAAAGUCACUGCUGUUAACAAGGAUGAAUAUUGUGGGUAAUGCUAGGCCUAAAGAAACAGAUCACAAAAGUCUUUCAUCAUCUCCUGAUAAACGAGAGAGGUUUAAAGAACAGAGAAAAGCCACAGUGAAUGUGAAGAAAGACAAAGAAGAUAAACCCUUAAAGACGGAAAAGCGACCCAAGCAGCCUGAUAAAGAAGGAAAGUUGAUCUGUUCUGAAAAGGGGAAAGUGUCAGAAAAAAGCCUUCCCAAGAACGAGAAGGAAGAUAAGGAAAACAUUUCAGAAAACGACAGGGAGUAUUCUGGAGAAGCCAAAGUGGAUAAGAAACCUGAAAAUGACAUUGUGAAGAGUCCACAAGAAAACUUGAGGGAACCCAAAAGAAAACGAGGCAGACCCCCUUCCAUAGCUCCUGCUGCUGUGGAUUCAAACUCUCAAACUUUGCAACCAAUAACAUUGGAAUUGAGAAGACGGAAAAUAUCAAAAGGAUGUGAAGUCCCAUUAAAACGUCCUCGGGUUGACAAAAAUUCAUCCCAGGAAAAGUCAAAAAACUACUCGGAAAACACUGACAAAGACUUAUCGAGGAGACGUUCCUCCAGGCUGUCCACUAAUGGGACCCAUGAGAUCCUAGAUCCUGACUUGGUUGUAUCAGAUUUGGUUGAUACGGAUCCUUUGCAAGACACGUUGUCUAGUACCAAGGAAUCUGAAAAAGGUCAAUUGAAGUCUGCUUUGGAGGCUGGCCAGGUCUCAUCUGCACUGACUUGCCACUCCUUUGGGGAUGGAUCUGGGGCUGCAGACUUGGAGUUGAACUGUCCGUCAGUGGGAGAAAACACUAUGAAAACGGAACCGACCUCUACCCUUGUGGAAUUACAAGAUAUUUCAACUGUGGAAGUAACAAAUACUUUUAAGAAAACAGAUGAUUUUGUGUCAUCUAAUGCGCCAGCUGUCGACCUAGACCACAAGUUUAGAUGCAAGGUUGUGGACUGUUUAAAAUUUUUCCGCAAAGCCAAACUGUUGCACUAUCACAUGAAGUAUUUCCAUGGAAUGGAGAAGUCACUGGAGCCAGAGGAGAGCCCAGGAAAGAGGCAUGUCCAAACCAGGGGCCCUUCAGCUUCAGACAAGCCCAGCCAGGAGACCCUGACCAGGAAGCGGGUCUCUGCCAGUUCCCCAACUGCAAAAGACAAGGAAAAGAAUAAAGAAAAGAAAUUCAAAGAGUUUGUGAGAGUGAAGCCAAAGAAGAAAAAGAAAAAGAAAAAGAAAACCAAACCUGAAUGCCCCUGCAGUGAAGAGAUCAGUGACACCUCCCAGGAACCUUCUCCCCCUAAGGCAUUUGCUGUUACCAGGUGUGGGUCCUCACACAAACCAGGUGUCCAUAUGAGCCCGCAGCUCCAUGGCCCAGAAUCUGGACACCAAAAAGGGAAAGUGAAAGCAUUAGAGGAGGAUAAUUUGAGUGAGUCCUCUUCUGAGAGCUUUCUCUGGAGCGAUGAUGAGUAUGGCCAAGAUGUGGAUGUGACCACCAAUCCAGAAGAGGAACUUGAUGGGGAUGAGCGCUAUGACCUUGAGGUGGUCCGUUGCAUCUGUGAGGUCCAGGAAGAAAAUGACUUCAUGAUUCAGUGUGAAGAGUGCCAGUGCUGGCAGCAUGGGGUCUGCAUGGGAUUACUGGAAGAAAAUGUGCCCGAGAAAUACACCUGUUAUGUUUGCCAAGACCCUCCAGGUCAGAGGCCUGGCUUCAAGUACUGGUAUGACAAGGAGUGGCUGAGCAGGGGACAUAUGCAUGGCCUGGCAUUUCUAGAAGAGAACUACUCCCAUCAAAAUGCCAAGAAGAUCGUGGCCACCCACCAGCUUCUUGGUGAUGUGCAGAGAGUGAUUGAGGUUCUGCACGGCCUGCAGCUCAAGAUGAGCAUCUUGCAAAGCCGGGAGCAUCCUGAUCUGCAGCUGUGGUGCCAGCCUUGGAAACAGCACUCAGGGGAGGGGAGAUCUCAUUCCAAAAACAUCCCUAUUACUGACACCAGGAGCAAGGAGGAAGCCCCAAGCUAUAGAACUUUGAAUGGGGCAGUGGAGAAGCCCAGGCCCCUGGCCUUGUCCCUGCCGCGUUCUGUGGAGGAGUCCUAUAUCACCAGUGAGCACUGCUACCAGAAGCCCCGCGCCUAUUACCCUGCCGUGGAGCAGAAGCUGGUGGUGGAGACAAGGGGCUCUGCCCUUGACGAUGCGGUUAACCCCCUCCAUGAGAACGGCGAUGAUUCCCUCUCCCCGCGCCUGGGCUGGCCUCUAGACCAAGACAGGAGCAGGGGGGACAGUGAUCCCAAACCCAGCUCCCCAAAGGUGAAGGAAUAUGUCUCCAAAAAGGCCCUACCAGAAGAAGCCCCUGCUCGGAAGCUGCUGGACAGAGGCGGAGAGGGGCUGCUGAGCUCCCAGCACCAGUGGCAGUUUAACCUGCUGACCCACGUGGAAUCUCUUCAGGAUGAAGUCACACACAGGAUGGACUCCAUUGAGAAGGAGCUGGACGUGUUGGAGAGCUGGCUGGACUACACUGGGGAACUGGAGCCCCCUGAGCCGCUGGCCAGGCUUCCGCAGCUCAAGCAUUGCAUCAAGCAGCUGCUGACGGACCUCGGCAAGGUGCAGCAGAUCGCCCUCUGCUGCUCAACAUGAAACUGGGCACCCAAAACUCAUGGGGGCACAAUCCUAGGGCACCCACAGGUGGAGCUUCGCAUAUUUAAAUAAAUAAACCUAGCAUGCUGAAUGCACGUGACACCGACUGACUUCAGGGAUCUGGGCUAGGAAUGUGAUGGACAUUGGACAAAGUGGCCAUUUUGGCUGCUGGAGGACACUCUGAUCUUGAAGCCUACCAGAAAGGUAGCAAAUAGACUCUUGGGAUUCCCUUCUUCUGUGCACAUCGUUGAAUGAAGAGAGUCUUUUUGCACAAACUUCACUUGAAAUCGUGCCACUGAUGAUAAAUGGAAUGAGAGCCAAAAAAGUUUAGUUGGAGACAGUUGUAAAUUCAAUUUGCAGUUUAUUUAAUUGACUUUUCUGUCAGGUUGGGGCACAUACCAGCUCCCUGGUUUCUGCCUGGCAUGGUGUUUAGGCAGCAGACAUCAUUUUCCUUUUCUAGCUUCAUGGGAAUGUUGUGACCUCACCAUGCUGUGGAGGUUGGGAAGGAGCAGAGUCUUGGCUGCCCUGCUUUCUCCUUAGGACUCUUCACUUUUCUCACCACAUCUCUUGCAUGACUUCAUGGUACUGGGGACAAGUUUGUAUGCUUUCACCCCAGAGCUGGCUGGGUUAUGGCUUUUGUAGCAGAGUCCAUACAGCCUAUGGAAGAACUAGAAUAUCACGGUAAUAAGAAUCUAGGAAGAAUUCCAAACUGAAGCAGGCAGGGUCUGGAACCCAAAGGACAGCAUUUUCUAUCCACUUCUUAAUAUUGACAGCUUCCCAAUUCUAUUUAAUGUCCAAAAAAAAAUGUUUCCCAAAAUUUUGAACUCUUUCACUGUAAAGAUUUGUUAAAAGAAUGUGGUUUAGGGAGUUACCUUAUUUUAUAUUGUUGUAAACAAACUUCAGAUUCUAUAUGUGCCGCUUUUCUCCUUCCUGAAGGGUAUGUUGAGUAGUCAGUGUUUUCAGAAUUGUUUUGUUACUAUAUUUUAACAUUUAAAAUUUCCUGUUUGUAUUAUUUUGUGAGAUCAAGGUGAUUAUGCUGCUUAAGGUCCAGGUACAACCUAUUUGUACCUUUUGAGACAAUAUUUGUGUUACUUUUGCAGGUUACGGUUCCACAUAUAAUUGCUAUAUUUUGUUUUUCCUUACUAGGCAAAGUUAAAAUAUUCCAUGCUUUGAGUAGUGACCCAUUUCACUACUUCGUUUUCUUAUCACUAUAAGGCAGAAAUCAAAGCACAGUUGUCCAUUAACACUUAGAAGUUAAUUAUGGGUUUAUGAGUCUGUAAUGUUAUAUUGCUGCAAACAUUUACUAUGUAAACGUGAAGUAGCCAAUAAUAUCUCAAUUGUAGUAACAGUAUCUUUAGUGACCUUUGGAAUAGUUAAGCACAGGUCAUUGUGGUCAUGAAUUCAGGCCUCUGUACUAAGAUCUAUUUCAGGGAAUGCUCUGUCUAGUGAUUUGUUCACCAUUUGAUAUAUAAUGAAUUAUAGGACAAGUAUAAGCUGAUCUGCUAUAUAUCAGAGAGAAUACAUGUGGCUAUACGUCUGUAACAAAACUGACGAUUCCUCUACAAGAGGCUGUUUCUCACUGCUGAUGUUGGUGUUUCUGUGUGGGAAGAAAUGCACAGGCGUGCACGGCAUGUACGUUCAGACAGCUGCAUUGUACGAAUUCUGUUAUGCAGUCUGAAAAGGGAAGAAACAGGAUGGCCUUCUGUAGCCACAACUGUGAGGUGUGAUGAUUGAUUGUUACAUUAUUAGAUUACUGAUUUUUCUUUUCUGAAAAUACAUUUGAGUUUUAAUCACAUCUGUGGAAGCUGUAACUUUUAAAGUAGUCAAUUUCAUGUCUUCUUCAAAGAUGGAAGCAGAAACUGAAUUACCCUAAUUUUGCCGACUGUCCAUUAUUGGGUUUAUUGUUUGAUUUUUAGUAAAGGAAGUUAUCCCAUUUCACUCAUUGUGACUUUUGUUCUUAGGGAAGCAGAGAAGUCUCCCCAAGUUCUUGUAACCUCAGUGUGCUUCCCUAAUUUAAAGCCAUGUUGAGGGGCUCCAUUACCAAUUCCUAGGUCAAGGUGAAUUAACCCUAAGUUGGAGCACUGGAAACCGUUAUUUGCAAACAUUGCUGUUACAAUUUAGAAAUAUGUGCACUACCGGCCGGGCGCAAUGGCUUACACCUGUAAUCCCAGCACUUUGGGAGGCCGAGGCAGGCGGAUCACCUGAGGUCAGGAGUCCAAGACCAGCCUGUCCAACAUGGUGAAACCCCGUCUCUACUAAAAAUACAAAAAUUAGCUGGGCAUGGUGGCAGUCGCCUGUAAUCUCAGCUACUCGGGAGGCUGAGGCAGAAUUGCUGGAACCCAGAGGCGGAAGUUGCAAUGAGCCAAGAUCACACCACUGCACUCUAGCCUGGGUGACAACAGCAAGACUCUGUCUCAGAAAAAAAAAAAAGAAAAAAGAAAAAAAAAGAAAUAUGUGCACUACCUAAGUUUUGUCUUUUGAGAAAAACUAUCCACCUAUAAAGAAUUACCUUGACAAAAAUAGUUCCGGUUUGACUAAUCAUUUUGUUCUUUAAGUGGUAAGUGUAUGCAAGGUGGAUCCUUGAUGAGCCAACAUUGCACUGUGGAUACAUAUCUAUGUUUACGCGCUAUUAGAACAGAAGGCGCUGUAUAUAGAAGUGUGCUUUGAAGCAAUAUUUGCAAAACAUGCAAACUUCUGUAUCUGUAUUUGGAAAAAAUAAAACAGGUUCUUGUUGCUAUGUUUCAGUUA